CUCUGCGAUACUAACAUGGUUCUUUCUUUGUUACUUCAGAUUUAAUUUUCCACAUUACACACAAUGACCAGAAGCUCAGUCUUAGCAGAUGCUCUUAACGCAAUCAACAACGCCGAAAAAACCGGUAAGAGACAAGUCUUGAUCAGACCUUCUUCAAAGGUUAUCAUCAAGUUCUUGAGCGUCAUGCAAAAGCACGGUUACAUUGGUGAGUUUGAGUACAUCGAUGAUCACAGAUCAGGUAAGAUCGUUAUUCAACUUAACGGUAGAUUGAACAAGUGCGGUGUUAUCCAACCAAGAUAUAACGUCAAGAUUGGUGAAAUUGAAAAAUGGACUGAUAACUUGUUGCCAGCAAGACAAUUCGGUUACGUUAUCUUGACCACUUCUGCAGGUAUUAUGGACCACGAAGAAGCCAAGAGAAAGCACGUUUCUGGUAAGAUCUUGGGUUUUGUUUACUAGGUUAUUUUAAGAACUUUGUAAAUUCUUUAUAGCAUUUUAUAUUUUCAGUCAAUCGGUUUAU